AUGUCUUUCACUGAAUUAUAUCUGGCAUUGUUGAAGAAAGGGUUAGUUGUUCCAAGACCUUUGGGACCUCCACCAGAUCCUCUCCCACCAUAUUACAAUCCCAAUGCACAUUGUUUGUUCAAUGAAGGUUCCCCGGGGCAUGAUUUGGAAGGUUGUUAUGCCUUAAAACAUAUUGUGAGGGAAUUGAUUGAGAAGAAGAUUCUUUCAUUUGGGGAUAUCAGUCCGAAUGUCAAAAAUAAUCCUUUGCCCGCUCAUGGGUCUGUAAAUGCUAUUGAUGAUGACCCUGAUGAAGGUCUGAUUCUUGAUGCAACCAAAAUCAAGACUCCGCUCAAAGAUUUUCAUGCAAAGUUAGUAGAAGCAGGUUUAUUGAAAAAUUGUCAUAAGAGUUGUGAAGAAUAUACUAUUGGUCCUAAAGGAUGUGAAAUGGUUCGAAAGGAUAUUCAAGAAUUGAUUAACCAAGGUGUGUUGCAAGUAAGCGGUCGUAUGAAAAAGAAUGAGGUAGCAGUGAUUGAACCCAUCUUCAAUCUACCUGAGUUAAGUACUACAACACCAAUCUUCAACACUCCAGAGCCAAUAUUCAACAUUCUAGAUUCUACUGUUGUUCAGCCAAUUUUCAACAUUCCAGAAUCAGUUGAACCAAUCUUCAAUAUGCCUAAUCCAGUGCUUGUCCAAAGGCCUAGCUCUUUUCCUUUUGGGAAUACUAAAGUCGUGCCUUAUAAGUAUGAUAUAGUUGUGGCUAACCAAAGGUCUGAGAAAUUCAACUUGGCUCCGCCAAUUCCACCGAAAGAAACCACCACUACUGUUACCGACAAAGGUAAAGAGGUGAUCACGACUGAUAAAGAUGUUGAAUUUUUUAGGAUUAUCAAGAAGAGUGAUUACAAGAUUAUUGAUCAGCUGCAUCAAACUCCUUCAAAGAUAUCCAUUUUGUCUCUUCUCAUGAGUUCUCCAGCUCAUAGGAGUGCCUUGCAGAAAUUGUUAGCUCAGGCUCAUGUCACUCACGACAUUACUAUUGAUCAAUUUGAUGGGGUCAUUGCCAACAUUACAGCAUGCAACCAUCUCAGCUUCAGUAGAGAAGAUUUGACGAAGGAUGGCCAAGACCAUAAUCGUGCUUUUCACAUAUCUGUGAAAUGCCAAGAAGAUACCCUAGAAAGAGUCCUUGUGGACACUGGCUCCUCUCUGAAUGUUUUACCUAAGAGGAUGCUCACUAAGUUGGCAUAUCAAGGGACUGAUAUGAGGCCAAGCGCAUUAAUUAUCAACGCAUUUGAUGGAUCGAGGAGGACCGUCAUAGGGGAGGUGGAGCUGCCAAUAUUAAUUGGUCCACAUGUGUUUGAAAUUACUUUUCAGGUUAUGGACAUCAAUCCAAAUUAUAGUUGUUUGCUUGGAAGACCGUGGAUUCAUGCCGCUGGGGCCGUGACUUCCACCUUGCACCAAAAAAUGAAAUUUGUUAUUGAUGAUAAAUUGGUGAUUGUGUCCGAAAACCAUGUUGAAUCCAAUGACUCUACUUUCACUCUUAACUUUGAUUCACCAAUCUACCAAGCUGAAGAAGAGGGUGAAGAAGAUUGUGAUGUUCCCGACGAACUAGCAAGAUUGGUUGAGUACGAGUACACAGAUCUCCAACCACAUCAAGAGCAGGUAGAGACAAUCAACCUUGGCACCGAGGAAGCGAAGAAAGAGGUCAAGAUUGGUACAACACUUGGGGCAGACAUCAAAGAAAGAUUGGUCAAGCUUUUAUAA